AUGUCUUAUAGAUUUUCGGUUAUUUCGAAAUUCACUAGACCUCUGGGCUCUGCCAUGCAGUGGCAAGCUAAGAGAAUGUCAUCAGCCAAGACUAUGACGGUCAGAGAUGCUUUAAACAGCGCUAUGGCGGAAGAAAUGGACCGUGAUGAUGAUGUUUUUGUCAUUGGUGAAGAAGUUGCACAAUAUAACGGUGCGUACAAGGUCACCAAGGGGUUGUUGGACCGUUUCGGUGAGAGGAGAGUUGUGGACACACCAAUCACUGAGAUGGGUUUUGCAGGGUUGACUGUUGGUGCUGCUUUGAAAGGUUUGAAGCCUGUUGUUGAAUUUAUGUCUUUCAAUUUCUCUAUGCAGGCCAUUGAUCAUGUUGUGAAUUCUGCAGCAAAGACAUAUUAUAUGUCUGGUGGGACUCAAACAUGUCAGAUGGUCUUCAGAGGUCCAAAUGGUUCUGCUGCUGGUGUUGCUGCUCAACACUCCCAAGAUUUUACCGCUUGGUACGGUUCCAUUCCGGGUUUGAAAGUUUUGACUCCUUACUCUGCUGAGGAUGCUAGAGGUUUGUUGAAGGCUGCUAUCAGAGAUCCUAAUCCAGUUGUUUUCUUGGAGCAUGAAUUGUUAUACGGUGAAUCUUUUGAAGUCUCUGAAGAAGCACUAUCCCCAGAUUUUACUCUACCAUACACUGCAAAGAUUGAAAGAGAGGGUUCCGACAUUUCCAUCAUUACUUACUCCAGGAACGUUCAAUUCUCUCUAGCUGCUGCUGAGAUUUUGGACAAGCAAUACGGUGUGUCUGCUGAGGUUCUUAACUUGAGAUCUAUCAGACCAUUGGACGUUGAUGCUAUCAUUAAUACUGUUAAGAAGACCAAUCACUUGAUCACCGUUGAAUCUACUUUCCCUGCAUUUGGUGUUGGUUCUGAACUGGUCGCUCAAAUUAUGGAAUCUGAUGCCUUUGACCAUCUAGAUGCCCCAGUGCAAAGGGUCACCGGUGCGGAAGUCCCAACUCCAUAUGCCAAGGAACUGGAAGACUUUGCGUUCCCUGAUCCAGACACUAUUGUCAGGGCCGCUAAGAAGGUCUUGUCUAUUGAAUAA